AGAGCUGGCUCAGUGGUUAAGAGUACUGACUGUUCUUCCAGAGGUCCUGAGUUCAAAUCCCAGCAACCACACGGUGGCUCACAACCAUCUGUAAUGGGAUCUGAUGCCCACUUCUGGUGUGCAUGAAGACAGCUAUAGUGUACUCAUCUAUAAUAAAUAAAUCUAACAAAAAACAUUUAAAUAUGAUCUUGAUUUCCUGUAACUAUAGAAAUGAACCAAAUUCCCAUGGUGCAUACCUGUGAUUGCAGGACUGGGGAGGAUAAGGCAGGAGGAUUUUGAAUUUGAGGCUAACCUGGGCUAAGUAGAGAGAGAAUCUCUCAAAAGACAAAUACAACAAUGAUUAAUUGGAGUACAUUAAAGAUGAAAUGAAGCCAGUCGUGGUGGCACACACUGGUAGGAUUUGCUGAAGGAGGCAGGGGCAAGAGGAUCACGAGUUCGAGGCUGGCCUGGGCUACACAUUUAAAAAAAUGAAAUGAAAAUACUAAUAUGUAGAAUUGGAAGUGGGAUUGGAGGUAUGUUAAGGUCUGUGCAUUUGUUAUGAGGAUUGAAGGACACAAUUUCAAUUCAGAUUUCAAACAAGUUACAUGAAAAUUUAGGAGAAAUGACUGUAGGUCUGGGGAGAUAGCUCAGUAAAAUGCUUGUCUUUGAGCAUGAAUACCUGAGUUUGAUCUCCAUAUCCCAUGUAAAAAUGCCAGAUGGGUGGUACACUCUUAUAAACUCAGUGUUGGGAAAGCCAAGACAGAAGGAUCCCUAUGUGGUAAACGUCAGUCCAGUGAAAAAAUCCUAUCUUAUAAGACAACGUGGGUGGCCGUCCUAAGGUUGAUCUCAGGUACACACACACAACACACACACACACACACACACACACACACACACACACACACACACAAUGAAAUUACUCAGGAUGUAAAUACUUUUCUACUUUUCAGGGGGGAAAAAAGGAUGACUCAAAGGGAUGAGCCGGAAGGCCUAAGGGCAAAACUGGGAGCUACGGGACUUUAUUACCAAGUCUCAAUACCUAAAGGAGUUUCUCAGCUGGGUUUUAAAACUGCUUUAACCUAGUGCCUCUUAGGUGGGUCGUUUGUGUGUGUGCCUGUGUGCCUGUGUGUGUGUGUGUGUGUGUGUGUGUGUGUGUGUGUGUGUGUGUGUGUGUGUACCAUGUGCAUGCCUAAGGCCCUCAGAGACCAGAAGAGAGCAUUGGAUGUUGUACAGGGAAAAUAAUUAGUAGAGUCAUUAUAUCUUAGGUGAACAUCAGAAUGAAGUUGUUUCUAGAAGUUCGUAGACCUUGAAGAAAUGGUUGUAGAAAAUAGUGAUUAUUUUUCUGUGAUUUACAGAGUUGUUUUUCUGAGGGCACUUUCCAGUUUUUGCAUGUUUUACUCACAAGUACUGCAAACAGUGCACAAUAAGGACAGAGAUUGUGAUGUGCUCCUUCAAGAAACAUAUAGAUUAGGUCAGGGGCUUUGCUGUGAGAAACUUGCUUUACCUCCAAAACAACGUUGGGUAGGAAUCAAUAAAUAUGUUUCUAUAUUAUAGUUUGAGGUUCAGUCCAUCAGAGGCUGGACCUCCCUGCUGUCUUCAAGGCCACAUCUCAUCUUGGAAUGACCUGCUUUCUUUGAUCAUCCCAUGUAACUCAAAACAGGAUACCCGAUAACUAGAGUUGCAACCAGUUAUGAGAUGCCAUGUGCGUGCUGGGAAUUAAACCCAGGUUUUCUGGAGGAGCCAUCUCUCUAGCCCUUUUUUCCUGGUCAUUUGUUUUUAGCCUGUUUUUUUCCCAGACAAUGUCUCACUUAGCCCAAACAGUCUCUGAGACUGACUCAUAGCAACUAGACUAGAGCUAACAUUUACUGGCAAAUAGAUUUCAGCCUUGUAAAAUCCGAAGCAGAGAAAUCGUCUGAGCCUGUCUGGACUUGUGACCUAGUAAACUGGAGCCUAAUCAUCGUUUUACUUGCUGAGUCUGUGGUGAUUUUUUUUGUACAGCAGUAGAAAAUCAUAUGUUGUCUCCUCAAAAUAUGUCCACCACAGUUGGAAAUAGGUUUUUAUAGAUGUCAUUCAGUUAAGAUAAAAUCGUAGUGGAAUAGGGUGACACCUACUCCGAUGACUGCUAGCUCUUUAAACAUUUUUACUUAAAAUGCAUGAGGGGGUAGGGAGAUCACUCAUGUCACAGGACAUAUGUGGAGGUCAGAAGACAACCUCAAGAAGUUGGUUUUCUCUUUCUAACACAUAGGCCCUGGGGAUUAAACUCAGGUCAUCAGACUUGGCGACAAGUACCUUUUCCCUGGCUGCAUCUCUCCAGCCUGCGUCUUUAUAAGGAGAGUGUCUGGCAAUGAGCCCAGGGAUUUGUCUGGUUCUUCCUCCCCAACAUUGGAAUUACAAGCAUGAGCCACCAUGGCCUGCUUUUAUAGAGUUUUGUUUUGUUACAAUAGGGUCUCACCAUGUAGCUAGCCCAGCUGGCCUGGAACUUGCUAUAUAGACCAGACUGGCUCAAGAUCGCUGCCUCUUCAGUGCUAGGAUUAAAGGUGUGCCCCAUCAUGUCUCACCACACCCAGGGUUUUUUAAAUAUGGGUUCUGAGGAUUGUAUUCAGGUCCAUGAGCACUGCAAGGUAAGCAGUUUACUGAAUGCUUCCCACUCUUUCGGGAUCAACAGCACCCAUAGCUCACAAUUAAUGGGUAACUCUAGUGCCAGGGGAUCCAGCAUCCUCCUCCUUGGGCACUGGCACACUUGUUCCAUACAUUUACAGACAUACAGGGUUUGUCUGGUUUGUGGGGUUUGAAUGAGAAUUAUCCUCCAUAGGCUCAGAUGUUUGAACACCUGGUCCCCAAGUGAUGGUGUUUGGGAGGUUUAGGAGGUGUGGCCUUAUUGGAGAAAGUGCGUCACAAGAGGAAGGCUUUGAAAUUGUAAAGACCCGGAUUUACGGUGGGGGAGGGGGCGGGGGGGGCGGCGGCGCUUCGGCUCCUUCUCCGGCCUGCUCUCUCUGUGGCCUCAUGCGCCUUCGCGCCUUCGGCCGGCUACCAUGAGGAAGCGAGACAAUCGCGUGGCCUACAUGAAUCCAAUAGCAAUGGCUCGGUCAAGGGGUCCAAUCCAGUCUUCAGGACCAACAAUCCAGGAUUAUCUGAAUCGACCAAGGCCUACCUGGGAGGAAGUGAAGGAGCAGCUGGAAAAGAAAAAGAAGGGCUCCAAGGCUUUGGCUGAGUUUGAAGAGAAAAUGAAUGAGAAUUGGAAGAAAGAACUAGAAAAACAUAGAGAAAAAGUAUUAAGUGGAAAUGAGAGCUCAUCCAAAAAACGACAGAAAAAGAAAAAAGAAAAGAAGAAAUCUGGUAGGUAUUCAUCUUCUUCUUCAUCGAGCUCUGAUUCGUCCAGCAGUUCUUCAGAUUCUGAGGAUGAGGAUAAAAAGCAAACAAAAAGAAGGAAGAAAAAGAAGAGCCAUUGCCAUAAGUCUCGCGAGACCUCCGCGUCGGAUUCAGACUCAGACAGCAAGGAUGGUUCAAAAAAGAAGUCAAGGGAUGUAACUGAAAGAGAAAAGCGAGUCAGCAAAAAGAGAAAGAUGUAUGAGGAUAAGCCUUUAUUGUCUGACUCAUUGUCAGAGUCAGACUGUGCAGAGGUGCAAGCGAAAAAGAAGAAAAGCGGUGAAGAGCGAGAGAGAACAACAGACAAAGCUAAAAAGAGAAGGAAGCAUAAGAAACACAGCAAGAAGAAGAAAAAGAAGGCUGCCAGUGCAAGCUCAGACUCGCCGUAGCAUCCAGAAGACCAGGGUCCUCACAGAGUGCGAUGUCGAAGGAGCUCUCAACUGUGAAGAUUAUGACUUACUUAGUAACGUGCAUGAAUCCCCUUGUUUUUAGACUUGUCCUGGACUAGUCAGUAACCACUUGGAUUCCGCUGUGUGAAGGGCCAUGGAUGUUGCCUGCUGCUUGAACACCUUUCCCCCUUCCAGUGCUUGGUGACUCUGGGAGAUAGUACUUUGCAGUCAUACUAGUGGCUAAGAUACUUGGAAUAAAAGCUAAUGUUUUUUACUAGAAGUACUUAAGAAUAAUUCAACAGGAACUGAAUCUGGAUCCAUAUUUUAAGAUGUAACCAGAAAUAAUGAGAUGACUCUAGUAAAAAUUUUCAAAGUAGGGAUUACAUUAAUAUUUCAAAAUCCUUACUCUGUGGAUAAGUAUAUUUUAAUUUUUCCCCACGUAUGCUUUGAUUUGCUUGGGGAAGGAGCUUUUAAAGAGGGGGUGGUUUGCUAUCUCUUUAGCUACCAGAACAGCGUGCCUUUGAUCUCACACAUCCUACUGACACAGUAGCCAUGCUUCCUGGGAGGGCAGAGCUGGGCACCAUCGGUCCUGCCCUGACUGAGGUUAAUGACAUCCUUAGACUUUGUCAUAUGCUGCUUGGAAUGAACCAGACGUACCCGGCCCUUUGCAGCCUGAGAAAGCCCCCAAAGCUCUGGAAUUGCCUCCACAUCAGUAAUAACUGAAUGUUUUUAGUGUUGCGACAUUUGAAUUCAUUUUGACUACACUUUGGCUUUGGAGAGGGAUGGUUUACUAGACACUGGUACUUUCUGAGCUGGACAACUGACAGUUGUAAAGCGCAUGUGUUACACAAGUUUUAACCAGUCGGGAUUUCUACGUAGCCAGUGAUAGACACUUCAUGUUUUGUAUAAACUUUGUUUAGGCUGCAGUGUUUAGCUUUUAACUAACUCUUGCUGUCUUAAGUUCAUAACUGUUUAAUGGCACACUUUCAAGAUAUUUAGCAUGUAAAAAGCAGGACUUUUGGUCUUUGUUUUUAACGGCUUCAUAUUGAAGCUGAGACUUACCACAAACAAGUUGAGUGGCAGGCCUGGUAUGCUGUAUCUUGUUACAUAAAGCUAUUGCCAGAAUCUUAGUAAACACAUGUUUUAAAAAAACAAAUA